UUUAAGGAAUUUUUCAUAUGCCACAAAGUCAAAUGUCAAAGGUAGUUUUGUAAUAGAAUAAUUUCAAGCGAUUGUCUUAAUGGUACACACUACACACCUUCAUUGUAUAUUCAAAUCAUAAACCUAUCUAUCUCUCUUCUGCAUCAUCACCAAAAUGGAUGCUUUUGAAACUCAUUUACCAAAGGAGAUCGUGCCUGAUCCUCUCCAUAACUCUUUUAAUCCCAGGCGUGAAGAGUAUGCCGUCGCCGGGAAAAUUCUCCGGCAGCGGUCAGGCUUUGUAUUUGACUUGGAAAAAGACGGUUUCAGCCCUCUUCAUGCGGCUGCAGCAGCUGGUCAAGUAGAGGCUGUGAAGACCAUUUUGGGACUUGAUGAGAAGCUUUGCCGGCUAAAAGGUAGAGAUGGAAAGACUCCACUUCAUGUAGCGACGAUGAGAGGGAAAACCGAUGUGAUCAGAGAGAUUGUGUCGAGCUGCGUUGAUUGCUUAGAAGACGAGACGGUUCAAGGUCAAACUGCUUUGCAUCUUGGUGUUCUGCACCAAGAGAUCGGUGCAGUUAUAGCCAUUGUUGAGUUGAUCACGGAGAAGAAUCGAAUUGACGUGUUGUACAAGAAAGAUGAAAAGGGUAACACAGCUCUUCAUCUAGCGACCUGGAGAAAAAAUCGCCAGGUGAUUGAAGUGUUGGUUCAGGCAAUACCAGAAGAGUCAAGAACAUUUGAGGUGAAUGCUAUGAACAAGAUGGGUCUCUCUGCACUGGAUUUGCUGGUUAUGUUUCCUAGCGAAGCUGGCGAUAGAGAAAUCUACGAGAAACUCAUCGAAUCAGGGGCUCAAAGAGGGAGAGAGGUCGGUACAACAAAUGUCGAGAGAACCACUUCAACUUCCACAUGCCAAGCGGAGUCACAAAGCCACAAAGAUCUCGUUAAGUACUUCACUUUCAAAAAGCACAGAGACUCACCAUCAGAAGCACGUAGCGCGUUACUGGUGGUGGCUUCACUAGUAGCCACAGCCACGUUUCAAGCCAGCCUGACUCCACCAGGUGGAACAUGGCAAGAUAGCCACAUACCUGCUGUUUCCCAGAACACAACGAACGUGAACACAACAUAUCAACAAGCUCAUAUAGCAGGGCAAUCUAUCAUGGGGACCUUUAAUGGAGUUGCUUUCACUUUGUUUGUGUUCUUUAACACGAUUGGGUUUGCAGUUUCACUUUCUAUGCUCAACAUUCUCACCCUCGGGUUCCCAUUGCGGUUCCAGCUUCAGGUCUGUAUGAUGGCUAUGUACUUCUCGCACAACACAGCCAUGACCAGCAUUGCGCCUGAUCAUGUCAAGCUUUACUGCAUUCUCAUCACGUCCAUCCUCGCUGCUACCACCCCAGGUUUGAUGAGGUUGCUUGAGAAGCCUAUUGGCAUGCUCGAUCAAUUCUUGGACUCCAUGUUACAGAAAAUCUGGCGAUUUAUUUCAGUAAAGAUUAUUCCAUGGAGAUGA